UUUCUCUUUCACAGGGGGGAAUAUAAAUCAACAACCAUGAAUGUAAACAACUUUGUGGUCCUUCCCAACAAGCCUAAAUCAGUAAAGAUAAAUGUCAGGAAUUUGCGAGAGCUGCGUAUUGAGACGGCACAGCUCAAACAGGACAACAAGGACAUGGAGAACCGUCUGCAGCAACUCCAAGAGGUCAUGAGCCGUGAGAAAGACGAGAGAAAGAAGAAUGGUGCAUUUCACAGGAAAUCUGCUCCGACCCAAGAUGGGACAAGUGAAAAAGAGAAAAAGCUCAAGAAAAGCUCCCCCAGCAAGAUAAAACUAAGAGUGCUGAAGGAUGAGCCAGUUCAAAGGGUGCCUGAGCCUCCACCUCCAAAGAAUGGGUGGAACAGAAAAUCCAGGCUCAAAGGAAAAGCCUGUGGCCAAUGUGAAGCUCAAACUGCUGGACUUGUGUGUGCAGAAUGCUCAGAGGAUUACUGUGUCAGCUGCUUUGCUAAAUUCCACCAGAAGGGGGCACUAAGGUUUCAUCAUAUCAUUCCCAUGCAGGCUGAGCUACAUACCUCCAUUAGCACAGUCGAUGUGGUGAAUUGUCUUCAGAAGAAGCUUGAAAGUGAAGAGGAGGAAGACCUUUGGUUGAAUCAUGCCAGUGAUAUGAGAAGAAUUCCAGCAUCUGCACUUCUUCAGCCUAUUUGUGAUAACCAGAUGCACAAUACACAAGUGUUGAGUGUGAAUGAUCUGGAUCAGGAGAAUAAAGACUCUUUACUCAGAGGCAGUUUUGAUGAAGAGGAAUCUUCCAGAUGUUUUCAGCAAGCUCUGAAUGAGUGGAGAGCAGGCAACACUCAUGGUGACAGAGAACAUCAUGAACCCAACCACAAUGUACAAACUGCUCAACUAGAAUCCAUGGAGGCUAUGGGGACCCAGGCUGGAGGAAGACCUCAAAUACAUAUUGAGUUUAGGAACCAUGGAAUAAGCUACAUGGAAAGGCUGCUAAUGAAGAAACACCGCAGAAUGCAGAUUGAAUCUUACCAGUUGCUUUCCACCCCAAGAUCUACACAGGACUUGAUUACAGACACUUGUGCACAACCUGUUGAAGAGAUUCGUGAACUAACUGCUGAGGAGAUGGAUAUGCAUCAUUACUGUGUCUCUCUUUUCGCGGUCUCCAGCUCAGCAAAAACAGAAGUAGUGAAUAACAUUUUUAAACCGAGUAUCACAGAGAUAGAUGAGACAGCAGGAGACUCUCUGGUGGAUGCUUCCUUUGGAGUCAAACAGAAAGAUAAAAAAGAGCAAAAACAAGUAGAUGCUUUAGCAAGACUGCAUCCAACAAAUUCACUGGAGUUCUCAUUAAAGACUCAAGCCCUGGUUAAUGAUGCAUUACUGAGUGGGUCAUUAGAAUCAUCCUCACAGUCACCACCAUCUGACCAACACUUGUCAUCACUCAUUUGCCAUAAUCUCCAAAAAUCUAUGGAUAUCUCCUCUUUAAAAGACUCUGCAAUGCUACACCUUAUAACAAUAUCCUCUGCAAACCUCAUUGUCUAUGGACGUUCCUGUCUGACUUUAUCUGUCAACUUGUCCAUCAAAACAGCAAAUAAGAAGGGACUCAAAGCUCCACCUCCAAUUUGA